AUGCUUGCAUUGGACGUCCCUGAGACCGGGUUGUCCCUUUGCAGGGACAACCCCGGAAAUGAUGCCGCGGCAAAACCCACCCAGAUCAUGCGGCUGAAUUUGGCCCAGAGCACCCUUGAUGAACUCAUUCAGAGCUUACGGAAUGACCAAACGGCUCGGAUUCGGUUAGGAAAACAUCCGACACUCUACUAUGGCUCCAAAUCGCAGCACUUCCAUUCCUCCCCCGAAGCUCAUCGUUCCGAAGUCUACACGGGAAGCUCCGCCGACAAAGAAAAUCUAUACUUUACGGGCGUCCUCAGCCACACCCUUGAGGUCCAAAGGGCCAAGGAGGCCACUGCGGCCACUGAUCAGGCGCUGGCCAAUCUUGAGCAGAGCCUUAAUGCCUUUGAGAGGGGGAAGGAAUCGAAGAAAACCCACAUGAUCACCAGCAUUGAUGAAGUCAAGGCAUUGCGAGCGGGUGAUCUCAGGUCCAGCACAGGCAGACAAGCUGCUAUUCUGGCUCGAAAGCCUACAACCAAGGUGGAGAUCGAGAAGGAUCGAUUGUUGAAGACUGCCGCCAACCGAUCCCUAUCCUCGAGUCCAGCAUUGGGUUCCACCCGGUCUCCUGCACCUAUACCGCCGCUUACUCCCACCUCCGCUCCCUUUUCACAAACCAAGGAUCGUGCCCGUCAAGAUGCUCUCAAGAUUCCUUUUAUCCACCUCCUCGCUGUGCGUGCUGUCUCCGCCAAAUUCCUCGCGCGCCAAACAAGAUCGUCCCUCGAAGACUGCUUGGCGUUGGCCCGCAAAUAUGGAACCGAAAACCGAAUUAACCCGGAAAAAUUCGAUCUCAGAGAUAAAACAUACCGCGAGUUGGACGUUUGGAAAUUCCCGUACCCUUCUCAAGAGGAUCGGCAAGAGGCUAUCGAGAAUGCCAUAUCGGCGUUUGAUCGGCUGCGCAUCUCCCGCUCAGAUAAGUUAUGGCAGAUGCUGCUUCCCAAGGAGGAAAGAGGCAAGGGCAAGUGCUUGUCGCGAUUGAACCUGCGUACAGGCCCCAUCAAGAAGGCUCUCACUCCGAAAAUACAGGUGCACGCCUCUGACGACAAUGGCAAAGAUGGCGACACCACCGGUCAUGAAACCGACAGGGCCAGUGUCAAUGGCCUUACCCCGAAGACGGCCCUCAAAUCAGGCACGGUUGCUCAAAAUAAACGUACCAGCGAUAAAGAACCAGCCACAAAGCGGACCAACCUUGUCAACAAGAGCAAGAAUGCUACCAACAGCACGCUGACUGGACGUGUCACCAAAAAGGCCGAACGCAAGCCGACAUCAAAACCGGAUGGCAAGUUCAAAUCGGCUGAAUUUGUCCAUGACUCGGACGAUGAUGACACAGACAUGCUGGAUGCACCAGCUCCAGAGAAGGCGAAGCCAGAACAACCGAAGCAGCAGCCCAAACCUCAGGCUAAGCAGCCCAAACCAACCGGUCUCAAAGAUCCCUCUCCGGUGCCGACUCCCAAAGUCAGCAAGCCCGAAGCUUUGCCUGCCAAAACCGAAUCCACGGCUCAAACUGCCUCCAAAUCUGUCGCUUCGAAGAGGCCGCCAUCAGCACGAGCGCCCACUCAACGAUUGCCGCAGAAACCUUCACCUCCUUCUAUAUCCCCCCCUCCAGCCAAAGCUCUAGAUACCCAGAGCCGCAGCCGUGCGUCGAGUCAAAAUAACUCCUCGAGUUCCUCGUCCUCACCUCUUAUAGCACAAUUAUCGAAACCGAACAAAGUCAUCAACCACUCGACUCAACAACCGGUUGGGGGGCCAAAGAUCAAUGGAGCUCCAAAGGCAGCGGAACCCGUCAACCCUUUGAAGCGCAAAGCCGAGCUAGAGCGACCUCCUGCAACUCUUUCCAAGGCAACCGGCCGUGCUGCCACCAACCUGGAACAUAAAAGGAGGCGGGCGGUCAGCACCUCGAGUGGUAGCACUGGGAGUGCCUCGCCACCUCUCAGCCGUGAGUUGCUGCUGCAGCAAUUACGAGAGAAGUCACAAAAAUUCAAGCAAUACUAUGCCAAGUAUCGUACAUUGCAUGAUACUAUGGCCUCGCAUCCCGACCCACCGCGGGCGGAGUUGGAGCGAUUACAACGACAGCAUGUUCGUUUACAGAGAAUGAAGAAGGAAAUCUGGGACGAACACCGACGACUCCGCGAUGGUUGA